AUGCAUUAUAUUAUAAUAAUAGAUUGCCUCCACCUGCAACUUUAUCGUGAUCCUAAAGACCGAUAUAAGAAAGGUCAAACCAAAGCAUCUCUUUCUCUCCAACACUUUCUUGGGUUUGAAUCAGGUUUUACGUUAGAUAAAGAGUCAAAUACCAUCGCCAUAAUAUGUCAGGAUGUGACCGUUGUACUGGCCUUUGAAACAAGAGAAAGACUAAUUUCAUGGCAAGUCAAAGUUGGAGGUCAACUGGGGUCCUCAAAAGAAUACUUGAUUAUGAUUGGAGGCGGAGGCUCUCGAAAACUUCCCGCUGGGCCUGCGAGGCUCCAUCUCCAAGGUAGAAGAUUCGCUUUAACGAGUGGAGUACCACCACGGGUACUUGGAUUAUGGGAACUUGCACAUUUGAGGCGCUACGGUGUAGUGGACGGUAGGUUUUGCUUUGAAGGUGGAUCUCAUUGUGGCAAGGGUGAGGGACUUCACAUGUUGAUCACCGACCAAGCUCAGGAUAUAACGGAUGCAUUCGAUCAAGCAGCACAAGGAAAUCUUCAACAAAGAACACCUGCGAGGGGAACCGAACGCAGAUUUAAAUCUCGACCAAAUACACGUUUAUCUGAUUUUAAUUCUGGUGAUCAAUCAAUACCAGAUAAUGCAAGCGCUUUGUAUGAAGAAAAUUAUUUCGGAGAAGAUUGUGGAGAUGUAUCACCCUAUUGGCCCUCGGCAGAGAAACGAGGAUACGAUGAAACAGAAUACAGACCCGAUAACGAAAUAGGUGUGAAACCAUUAUGGAGUGAGGCAGACCACAUAACACUUGAGCGGUGUAAUAACUGCCUGACUAAACUUGGUGGUGUUUCACGAUCUUCAACUGUAGCUCUAAAUUCAGGGAGCCAAUUUAAUCCAGCCUGGACCAUGGAAGCCGUUGCUGAAAGUUGUUCCGACAAUUCUUCUAAUAGCACAGAAAAUCUUAUGCCAAAAACUGUAAAAAAAGUUACAUGUCAUUGUAAAGAAAAACCACCAAUCAGGCCACCAAAACCGGCUUAUUUUGAUCAAAAGAAACCCCCUGCACCGUUACCAUCACAAGGGUGUAAUUGUGCUAUGAAUGAUAAUUUCUAUCCUAGUAAUAAUCCAAAAGUAGGUCCUUAUGAAAACUACGAUGUACCAAAAACAUCCUAUGCUGAGCCAAACAAAGAGAAGUAUUACGACACACCAAAGAGAAUUAAAGCGGCUCUAGCAGAUGACCUUUUUCAAGUAACAAAUAUUUCAACACCAGGAUCAUUAGUAUUGAAGAAAAAGUGCGGGUGUAUAUUAAAAUUUGGUUCCAAAAAGAAACCCGUUAUUGUAGAAUGCGACGAAAACUUGCAAGCAAGUGAUUGUCCGUGUCAAAAAGUAACAAAUUGGGCAAAUAAUUUAAUAAGCCUGCCGUAUUGUAAGAGAAACACAAGCAAUGAAAAAAUUAGCACCGAAGUUCUCAAUAGUAGUAAACUAGAUGAAAUGGCUCUGUAUGCGACAGUGGAUAUUUCUAGAAAGACAAAUAGACAAAGUACCAGUGAUCAAGAAAAACCCCAAGACAGUGCGACUGAAAUAGUAUUCACAAAUUAUCAAAACGUAGAACCGAAUGAAUGUAAAGAUUUUGAAGGCCCUUACGCUAAUUAUGAAAACUUAGAAUUUGCUUUGUCAUUAGAAUACUAUGAAAAUGCUAAAGAUUUGUUGAAGAAAGCUGGUGUAACUCAAAACGAAUUAGAUGCUCUUAGUGCUAAUAUAGAUCUUGCUACCACCACUUUACCCAAAAAAACCAGGUCUUGCUUAAAAUGUAGUAAUUGCAAGUCAUCUACUUCACAUGAUAUAAAAAAUAAAUCUGAUGAGUAUUUACUUAUGGAACCAUCAAAGGAUGUUAAAAGUUGUCUAGUUAACCGCACAAUUGGAAAUAAUCCUGGUUAUACUCCAAUGUCGCCAAAUCCGAACUGGUCUCAAAGCUUAAAACAUCCUAUUGCAAAAGUAUAUCGAACAGAAAUUGAAAAAUCAUUGAGUAUACCUACAUUACAUGGCACUGGGAAUUGCAUUCAAAGCUUUGAUAUAACAUCAAAUAGUAUUAAGGAAGCAAUUCAAAAGCGAUCAAGUUCUGUAGACUCCGCAAGACUUCUUGAAGACUUAAAAGAAUUUGACAGUAGUAUAGGAAGUCAUGCAACGUCAUCAUCAAUGGAAACGUUAAGAAAUUUAGCUCUAGAGAAUAGACUGUCAUCACCUUGUGAUAAUGAUCGUGAUUGUUAUGAUUGUUGUAAAUCUUCUGGAUCGGAAAACAAGACAUCUGAAGAAAGCUCAACGAAAGACAUUCCGCACUUACGAAAUAAGCAUAUGGAUAAUGCAGCCAUAAAGAGAUCAUCUAGUGUACCUUGCAAAGGUGGAAAUAGAGACUCGUCCAGCUCUAAUGAUUCCGGCGUAUCGAGUUGUUCAUUGAAACACGGCGGUGGAGAAUUCCAAGAGUUUGAAAUGCCUUUGACAUCUGGCCAUUCUAAGUAUCAUUAUAUGGUACACAAAAGAUUGCGAGGCAAUUUAUCAGGUUCAAUACAUUCCUCUUUGCCAAGAAAGUCUAAAUCAUCAGAUCUUUUGAGAGACCAGCCUAUGCAAAUACACAAAAACAAUAAUAUUCACGCCAAAUCAUCUUCUGCAGAAGCUGAAGUGCCAGUCUUACCACCAAAACAGUUCAAAGGUGUUUUGGAUACACACAGUACUUCAAGUGGAACUUCGGAUAUGUCGGAUUAUAUAGAAACUCUUUCUUUAACAUCUUCACAUUCAUCAUCGGAUACACCAAUGGGAGGAAGGUUAAAUCGCCAACCUACAAGCACUCUUCGACCUCGCUCGGGCAAAGAGUAUCACAACAUGGACCCCAUAAUCACAUCUAUGUACAAGAACGGAAAGGACUUGGCGAACUAUACAAAUCUGCCCUAA